AUGUAUAAUAGAUUGAAUAGAGACCAGUUGCAUGCUUACUCUGCUAUAAUUGAUCGUGUCAAAUCUAGAAAACCUGGUUUUUUCUUUGUCUCUGGAUAUGGUGGUACUGGAAAAACAUUCCUUUGGAAUGCACAUGAUGCUUAUCUUAGAGGUAGUAAGAGGGUGGUGCUGUCGGUUGCAUCCUCAGGGGUUGCUGCCUUGCUUUUGCCUGUGGGCAGAACAGCGCAUUCUAGGUUCAAAAUCCCUAUUGAUUUGCCUGAUUAUGGCAAUUGUGAAAUUAAGAGGUCUACCAUGCUCUCCACUCUAAUUGAAGCGUCUGAUGUUAUUAUAUGGGAUGAGGCGUUGAUGUCCCAUCGGAAUUGCUUUGAGGCCCUGGACCGGUCAUUCCGUGAUGUCCUGUCGGCUAACGAUCCUGCCUUAGCUAAAGUUCCUUUCGGUGGCAAGAUUAUUGUGUUAGGUGGAGACCUUAGGCAAAUAUUACCAGUCAUUGAGGGUGGAUCUCGAGCACAGAUUCUUGCUGCUGCAAUCACUAACUCUCCUCUUUGGAAUAUUGUUGAAGUUCUGCACCUAAACAUUAACAUGCGUUUGACUGCGCACACAGAUGAUCCGGUGCUCCAGUCUGAAGUGGCUGACUUUGCUGAGUGGGUUCUCAGUUUAGGUGAUGGCACAGCACCUGCUGUCGCCCGUGAGGGGGAAUCAGAUCCAUCAUGGAUAACUAUCCCUGAUGAACUUUUAGUACAUGCCGAUGGUGAUAAAAUUGAUGCUAUUGUUCAGGCCGUAUACAAAGAAAUUCCUACUAGGUACUCUAAUGUUGAUUAUCUAAAAGAAAGAGCAAUCCUAACACCAAUGAACGAAACUGCUGAAAAAAUCAAUGAGCAUGUUCUGUCUUUAGUGCCUACUAGUGAGAGAGAGUACCUGAGUUGUGAUACUAUAGGGAAUUCAUCUGAUGCGGUUCGCAAUCAAGAUGCUUUCUACCCUGUCGAAUACUUGAAUGGGAUUAAGGUCAAUAACUUUCCGUACCAUAGGUUAGUACUAAAGGUAGGCGUUCCCAUCAUGCUCUUGAGAAAUCUGAACCAAUCAACAGGCUUAUGUAAUGGCACAAGGCUUAUAAUCACAAAGCUUGCUGAUAAGGUUAUUGAGGCGAUUGUCAUGACUGGUUCAAACAUAGGCGACGUUGUCUUAAUUCCAAGGAUAGGGUUGACCUCCAAAGAUCCUAAAUGGCCUUUCACUUUGCAUCGUCGACAGUUCCCUGUUAGAGUGUCCUGUGCAAUGACUAUUAACAAAAGUCAAGGGCAGACUCUUUCAAAUGUUGGUUUGUACUUGGAUACACCCGUGUUCACGCAUGGGCAGCUCUAUGUCGCAGUGUCUCGUGUUACUUCAAAGAAAUCACUAAAGAUCUUGAUCAAAGGAGAGGAUGAUGAACCUGUUUCUCAGACAAGGAACAUCGUGUUCCCUGAGAUAUUCCAUUCCAUUCGCUAGGCGGGAUUAGUAACACCCUGUAAUAUAUAACCAAUGAAUUUUCUUAGGUAUGUUUUGUGGUUUCUAUAUUCUUCCUGCAUUAGAACCGUGGUUUUUUGCAUAUUUGCCGCUUCUUUUGCCCUAUCUGCCAUGUCCUCCAAUUUCCUGCAUCAAAAAAACUUUUGCGCGCGUGUGUGAUGCUUUCUUUGCCUGCUUGCUCACAU